GAGAGAGAGAGAGAGGCCGUCGGGUACAGAUCAGGGGUUACCACAGGACACUGCUGCCUGCUCUGCUGCCGGACCUCGACAACAAGCAUUAAGACGCGUUCAGGCACAAACUGCGCCGGAUAUCUCGACCAAACUCAGGUUCCCCCUCUCGGAUAUUCAUCUCCACGGACCGACAGACCUUCGUGGCAGCGUGUGUUCAGCGUUUCUGUUUCAGCACGGAGUCUUUUCUGUCGUCUCUCUCUCUCUCUCUCUCCACGGACUGCUGGACCUCACUACUCCUCGUCCACUCCUGCUCGGCGUUCAUUCACUGCAUGCAUGGAUUUUAAGGACAGGCAGUAUACCAGCUGUGACACAAAGGAGUAGUCUUCCAGUGCAGGAGAUAGUUCGCCUCCUUCCUGCGCGGAUUAGCACGCGAUAUAACAAUUACAUAAUCGUGUUUUAGUCGGUGUUAAAAUGCAGCGAAAAACUGCUUCGAUCGACUAAAAGGGACGUGAAGGUCGCUGCAAACUCCUAACAACUGAAGUGUGUUGUACUAGAAAGCUAAUGUUCCUGUAUUUCUUUGUGUGUUUUAAUUCAGAAUAACUAGUAGCCUACUGCAACUUUUUUUUUUUCCGAACACAACAGUUCGAUUAAUCGAAAACUUCGAAUAGUAAAAAUCGGUCAAGAAACGACCUUCGAUUAGUCGACUUAACUCGUUCCGUUCGAGCAGAGAGGACGAAACCGUCGACAAAAACACGGAAAGACGGGAUCCUGCUGUUGCUCCUCCAAAGGCUGAGAGGUCACAGGACCGGUCAUCUCUCCUCCUCCUCCUGCACCUCCUCCUCCUCCCGUCAGUCUGUUAUGAAGAUGUGAACUCUUCCCUCCCUCCUCCCUCUCUUUUUCUCUCCUCACCGUCCUCGACUCUUUGAUCUUUUUUCUCCUCCUCCUCCUCCUCUCUUAUUUCACCACAAAGAGAUCAAACGCGUCUCGCGCCUCUCGGGGAUGUACGAAAGCGUGGAUGUUGUGGGUUUCAGCCCGAGCCCGAGCAGCCCCAGUCCCGGCGGCUCUUUCCUGAGCAUGGACUACUACCACAGACCCCCGGGGCUCGGGCCGGAGAAGGGACUCCUGUCCGGGGUGGGAGGACUCCAGCGUCCGUUCGGAGUGUCCCUGGUGACCGGCAGACACUGGAGCGGAUCCAGCCACUCUAUCGAGACGGAGAGCACGAGUUCAGGAGAGGACCUGCUCGUCCCCGGCCCCCACUCACCUCCAGCUCCUCCCCGAGUCUACAAACCCUGCUUCGUGUGUCAGGACAAAUCUUCAGGAUACCACUACGGAGUCAGCGCCUGCGAGGGCUGCAAGGGUUUCUUUCGGAGGAGCAUCCAGAAGAACAUGGUGUACACGUGUCACCGAGACAAAGUCUGCGUCAUAAACAAGGUGACGAGGAACCGCUGUCAGUCCUGCCGGCUGCAGAAAUGCCUCGACGUGGGCAUGUCCAAAGAGCUGGUGAGGAACGACCGGUCGAAGAAGAAGAAGGAGGAGAAGAGGCCGAUGGAGGUGGAGAUCUACGUCCUGUCUGCAGACACGGAGCAGAUGAUCGAACGAGUCCGACAAGCCCAUCACGACACGUUCCCCUCCCUGCGUCAGCUGGGGAAAUACACAACGAGUAACAGCUCGGAGCACCGGGUCCCUCUGGACGUGAGUCUCUGGGACAAGUUCAGCGAGCUGUCCACCAAAUGCAUCAUCAAGACGGUGGAGUUCGCCAAGCAGCUGCCGGGCUUCACCACGCUCACCAUCGCUGAUCAGAUCACUCUGCUCAAAGCCGCCUGCCUCGACAUACUGAUUCUCAGGAUCUGCACACGCUAUACGCCCGACCAGGACACCAUGACCUUCUCCGACGGUCUGACCCUGAACCGCACUCAGAUGCACAACGCCGGGUUCGGGCCGCUCACCGACCUCGUGUUCUCCUUCGCUAACCAGCUGCUCCCUCUGGAGAUGGACGACGCAGAGACGGGCCUGCUCAGCGCCAUCUGCCUGCUCUGUGGAGACCGACAGGACCUGGAGCAGUCCGAUAAGGUGGAAGUUCUUCAGGAGCCGAUCGUUGAAGCCUUAAAGAUGUAUGUGAGGAGGAGGAGGCCGGAGAAACCCUGCAUGUUCCCCAAGAUACUGAUGAAGAUUACUGACCUGAGGAGCAUCAGUGUGAAGGGAGCCGAGCGAGUGAUCACACUGAAGAUGGAGAUCCCCGGCUCCAUGCCGCCACUCAUCAAGGAGAUGCUGGAGAACUCCGAGGGCCUGGAGGGCCAAGGAGCGGCGGGGGGGAAAGGAGCGGCGGGGGGGAAAGGAGCGGCGGGGGGGAAAGGAGCGGCGGGGGGGAAAGGAGGAGGAGGAGAAGGAGACGACUCAGACGUCUCUGAUCCUCCUUCAUCACCAAAAUCCGAUCCCUCUCCGAGCAUGAGCCCCGCCUCCUGCUCCCCUUCCUCCCCCCCGGACUCCACCUGAAGUCCUACCGUCAGCACGCUUUCGACACACAGCACCGCCCUGUGGCACAGCCUGGUACUGCAAGGGGAAACUGUCAACAAUGCAGACUCACAGCAGAUUAAAAAAAAACAUCACCUAAUGAAAGACGGAAAAAUCUGAAACUAUCUCAGAUUGGACGUUUCUUAUUUUUGACACGACGGCUGCAGAAGGACGGACUAAGAGAAACUGAAAUGUGCUGACGGUUUGAUUCCCUGCUCGGACAUCACGGUGUGUCAGCAGUUAAGGCAAUAACACAGGAUCACAUUUUUUUAUAACGCCUAAGAGCUUCAUGAAAUGCAGACUGUUUUGGCGUCAACAGGACGCACACAGCAGGGGGCGCCGUGUUCUUUACUACUGAAAACACUGUCUGCUGUAGGAGAGGUGGAGCGUGCAGGAGGAGGAGGACGGUUAAAGGCCACAGCCCCGUUUUCAAUACAGAACCAACGUAGUUCAACGUCUGCAGCGCUCUGAGUCAGCAGUUUUUUGUCGCUGCGCUCACACAAUUGGAACAGCGUGGCGCCCGUCAGUGUCACUUCUCCCUCACAGACCACUCAAAGUUAAGAAGGGGCGGGGCUUCAGAUAUCAGCUUUAUCGACAACACGGCGGAGGAAGCGCUCGUCUUGACUCGUCUUUUAGAGGGAGUUCAACUUCCAGGUGUAGAGGUGCUGGAGCACGGGGAGGUAUCAAAACAGAAUGAUCAUGACUGAGGGGAAGCAGACGUUAGCGUUGCGUAACCUAGCAACAAUGAGCGACAGUGAGAGAGGUGCUCUGAACCCGAGGGUUGUGGGCCAGCUGAGGACACGGGGGCCCUAAACCCUGCUCUUAAAUCUCUACAGCUACGUCUAACGGAUGAAUCAGCAAUAAAAAACACAAGUUCAGAACACGCACGGGUUGGAAACAAAGCUGCACAACUCUAUGCAACGUGAACAGAAUUGAACCGGAUCAUUUAGCCGCUCAUAUGGACACAAAACGGACUUCUUACAAGGAGCUGGCCGGUUGACGUCGAGUCAACAGAUUCAGACGUUUUUUCUUCUUCACACAUAACCCCUCCUGGUAGUUCCCCUGGACAUCUUCAGGAGUGUAUGAAGGAUUCCUCUCACCUCACCUCCUUUAUGUACAGACCGCAGAGUCACUAUUUGUAAGAUAUUGUAAAUAAAAAGAUGCUGUGAAAGGUGUCAGACUGAGACGCUCUGAUGAGAGAAGAUAUUUUCCUAAAUGUACACGAGUUUAUUCUGCACUGUUCAGAUUUCUGGCUUUUGCUUUUUCUUGUUUUUGUUCGCUUGAGUUUUAAUGUAUUUCCACUUGUUCCUAUGCAUCGUCUGUGAGAAAAAAAGCUGUGUUUGGUUUGUUCUCAGCUUCAGCACACUGUGAACAAAAUGUCACUUUCACGCCUGUUGGUGGACACUUUGAACCAAAGCAGAGCAAAACUCCACGGACCACACGUAGAGAUGAAUGAAGGUUUUUAUGUAGAGGGUCAGGUGCUGUCGCGACACGUCCUCAAAAUGUACAAAGUGAAGUCUUCGUAGCGAGCACCGUGUCCUGUCCUGUAGUGAGUUCACACGGAGACACUGCCUCACCACAGCGUUCUCUCUCUGUCAGGUACAAAUCAUCAUCGUCACUGUCGUCCUCUUUAACGUGCAGCGGGGGUCGAACCCGUUUAAGAGUUUAAAGCACAGGACGUUUAAUAAAGAGGUGUGGUUUCUGUCUAUCCUGAAA